CCCCCUGUUUGUCCUAUCCAUGGUGGCCAGGUCUUCGGUGCUGGGAGGAGGCCAGGUCUCGCGAUCUGAGGUGCUAGGUUUAGCUCCGGUGCUUCCCUGGGAGGCGCCGUCCGUACUCUGCUACAGGAUGGCCAUGGUGGCUGCUCUGGAGUUUCAAUCUCCGGCGACCAAGUAUGUUUGUGUGGCAUGGAUACCGGCUUGCUCUAAUCCUGUGCUGGCGCAGCUUCCGCUUAUAGUCCGCCUUGGGCCAUAUGCACCCCGCGUUGCGUCUCCACCAGUACGCCAAAGAAUCUCUCCUCACUCACUGGUUGAGAACGCGUUGGGAUUCCUAGAUACAGGAGGUGAUUUCGAGCUGGGUAUCUGCGAAAAGCUGAUGGCUGCUGCUGUGCAACAUCAAGUCCAAUUCUACGCGGCCAGCUCCUUCAGUUGUCAUGGUAUGUCGUCGGAUCUCAGUUUGGGGAUUCAUGAGAGAAGCUACAUCAGGUGUGGUCUCAAGCCAAUCAAUUUCCUUCAUGCGGCCAAGAAUUGCAAGAUUAUUACUACACAACCUGCUCCCCGUCCGAUCCGAUGUGGUGUUGUUCGCCUGAUAUCUCAAGUUAAAUUUUAUGCUGAUGGCAAUGGCCUUGAGGAGCUCGUGCAGAUGCCAGCGUGCUGGAAUCAGAAUUCGAGUUUUCUGCUGCAGAUUGUGUGCCUGCACAUCCAGAAGGGGGCCGCUGGCCCUGUUUUGGGUUUUUUCACUCGAUUUGAGGAUGAUCUUCAUUGUUAUGGUCAUGUGCUCGAAAAUAAUGAGAUGGAAAACCAUCUGCAUCAUCAUCCUGGAGUUCCCCCCAAGCUGAAGAAGAUCUCCAGUUGUGAGUAUACCAACUUAGCCUUGCAUCAACUUUAUAUGGAGAUCUUUGAGUCUGGUUCUUGGUCUAUUGGUCAUGCUGCCCGAAGUCUGAACUAUUUCACCAAGAAUAAUGUCAGUUGUGUGAACCAGUGGAGCAAAGUUGCUGAGGGAAACUUUAAAGGGCACAGGUCGCUGAUUGUUUUUAGGAGGCAGAGAGGCUGUUUUGUUUUUCUGAAGGAGGCAGAGGGGCUGAUCAACCCAUUUGGUCAUGCUGCUAAUUCGCCAAGAUUAGGAGGUGCGCGGGCGUGA